CAGAACAGCGCAUCUCAGUCCAAGUCAUUCUCUCUGAGGCAAACAGAUCUUCUGAGCAAUCUUCACCAUGAGCAGCACUUAUUCCACCUAUGGGAGAAGCUCCGGGAGAAGCUCCGGGAGAAGCUCCGGCAUGAGCAUAGGUGGGGGCUUUGGUGGAGUGCAAAAGAGUUAUGCUAAAAGUGUGUAUGGGGGCGCAGGUGGCUCUGGAUCAAGAAUCUCAGUUUCCAGUGGUUUUAGCCGUGGAAGUGGAGGUGGUUUUGGCAUGGGAGGUGGCGGUGGCGGUGGUUUUGGCAUGGGAGGUGGCGGUGGCGGUGGUUUUGGCAUGGGAGGUGGCGGUGGUGGUGGCGGAGGUUUUGACGCUUCAGCCAAUGAGAAGGCCACCAUGCAGAACCUGAACGACCGUCUGGCCACCUACCUGGAUAAAGUGCGCAUGCUUGAGCAGGCCAACUCUGAACUGGAGCUCAGGAUCCGUCAGUUCCUGGAGAGUAAGACCUCCCCCACUGCCCGAGACUACUCAGCUUUUGAGGCCACCAUCGCCGAUCUGCAGGGAAAGAUCCAGGAUGCCACCAGCGUCAAUGGAAGCAUCUAUCUGUCUAUUGACAAUGCAAAACUGGCAUCAGACGACUUCAGAACCAAGUGGGAGAAUGAGCUAGCCAUGCGUCAAUCAGUGGAGGCUGACAUCGCCGGUCUGAAGAGACUGUUGGAUGAGCUGACACUGGCCAGAUCAGACCUGGAGAUGCAGAUAGAAGGCCUCAGGGAGGAGCUGAUCUUCCUCAAAAAGAACCACGAGGAGGAAUUGGCACUCAUGAGAAACCAGAUGACUGGACAGAUCAACGUGGAGGUGGACGCAAAGCAACAACCAGACAUGAGCGCCAUGAUGGCCGAGAUCCGUGAGCAGUAUGAGGCUGUGGCCGCCAAGAACCAGAGAGACCUUGAAGCCUGGUUCCAAGCAAAGUCGGAGGAGCUGAACAAGGAGGUGGCAGCCAGCACAGAAGUAAUCCAAACAUCAAAGACAGAAAUUACUGAGCUACGUCGAACAAUGCAGGGCCUGGAGAUCGAGCUCCAGUCCCAACUCAGCAUGAAAGCGUCACUUGAAGGCACUCUAGCUGAGACAGAGGGACGGUAUUCCAUGCAGUUGCAAGGCCUACAGCAGAGAGUGACAUCCCUGGAGCAACAGCUCAUGCAGAUGCGUGCUGACACUGAACGCCAGGGCCAAGAAUACCAAAUACUGCUCGACAUCAAGACACGGCUGGAGCUGGAGAUCGCAGAAUACAGGAGGCUUCUGGACGGAGAGGGCGCCAGUGCCAUGAGUCUCAGUGGUUCAAGGACCGGCAACUCCAGGCUGGUCAUAGUCACAGAGGUUAAGAACGGCAAGGUGGUGUCCUCUUCUACCACCACCAGAUAAUCUGUCUCACACAGAAAAAGCAACACAUGGAGCCACACCUGAGGACCACCAUGACAACAACUGAUCCCAAUACUGACUAUGCAUAGACAUGUCUUUCAAUAAAAGGCUUCCAGUUUGCUGACUACAA